UAUUUGCAUGCCUAUUAGUUCAUCAAACCCAUUCAUCCCUCUCUCCACUUCCACACUUCUUCCUCCAUCUCUUCAUUCCCCAUGAGGAGUUCGAGUGGCGACCCCCCCUCUCGGGGUCGUCUUUGGCCGCAAAUGGCCGUGGCUUUUGCAGCCAUAGUUGUCGUCUUUUCGAGCAAUGUGGGUUCAGUUCAAGCUGAUCAUCCUUACCUUUACUCUUCGCCCCCACCGCCUUAUGUCUACAGCUCGCCACCACCCCCCGUUCACUCUCCUCCACCACCGUACGUGUACAAGUCACCGCCUCCACCAUCGCCUUCACCACCUCCUCCUUACGUGUACAAGUCACCUCCCCCACCAUCGCCUUCACCACCUCCUCCUUAUGUCUACAAGUCACCUCCCCCACCAUCGCCUUCACCACCACCUCCUUACGUCUACAAGUCACCCCCUCCACCAUCGCCUUCUCCACCACCGCCGUAUGUGUACAAGUCUCCUCCACCUCCCUCACCUAAAUUGCCUCCGUACGAGUACAAGUCACCACCACCUCCAUCACCUUCUCCCCCACCACCAUACGUCUACAAGUCUCCACCACCUCCUUCCCCAUCGCCACCACCACCUUACUACUACAAAUCUCCUCCACCUCCAGCACAUUCUCCACCACCACCUUACUAUUACAAAUCUCCUCCACCUCCAGCACAUUCUCCACCACCACCUUACUACUAUAAGUCUCCUCCUCCACCUUCUCCCUCACCACCGCCACCAUACUACUACAAGUCCCCCCCACCUCCUUCUCCCUCACCUCCUCCACCAUACAUCUACAAAUCCCCUCCACCACCUUCCCCAUCUCCUCCUCCACCAUACUACUACAAGUCUCCUCCACCACCAUCACCAAAGCCAUACGUGUACAAGUCUCCGCCGCCACCAUCGCCGAAGCCUUACUACUACCAAUCUCCUCCACCACCGGCUCCGUACUAUCCACACCCACACCCCCACCACCAGCCAUUGAUCGUCAAGGUCGUCGGAAAGGUCUACUGCUACAGAUGCUACGACUGGGGAUAUCCAAUCAAGUCUCACGACAAGAAACAUCUCGAAGGCGCUGUUGUUGAGAUCACAUGCUGGGCAGGCAAAAAGGCGAUCAUGGCUUACGGUAAAACCAAGAACAACGGUAAAUUCAGCGUCGCAGUCGAAGAUUUUGACUACGGUAAAUAUGGUGCCAAGGCUUGUACCGCGAAGCUCCACAUGGCACCCAAGGGUUCACUCUGCAGCAUUCCAACUCCUCUCAACUGGGGCGACAAGGGAGCCAAGCUGAAGGUCAAGUCCAAGAACAAUUGGGAGGUUGUGCUCAAGGCCAAGCCCUUUGCUUUCGCUCCAAAGACCCCUUACAAGGAGUGUGCUAAGCCCGCUCCACACCAUCCUUCUCCUUACGUGUACAAGUCGCCGCCGCCACCAACCCCGACUUACGUCUACAAAUCUCCUCCUCCACCGUCGCCAAAGUACAUUUACAAGUCGCCGCCACCGCCGGCUUACUACUACAAGUCGCCGCCACCGCCGGCUUACUACUACAAGUCGCCGCCACCGCCAUCACCAAAGCCGUAUGUGUACAAGUCUCCACCACCACCAUCUCCCAAGCCGUAUGUGUACAAGUCUCCUCCGCCACCAUCUCCUAAGCCGUACGUGUACACGUCUCCACCGCCACCAUCUCCGAAGCCGUACGUGUACAAGUCUCCUCCGCCACCAUCUCCGAAGCCGUACGUGUACAAGUCUCCACCACCACCAUCUCCCAAGCCGUACGUGUACAAGUCUCCACCACCACCAUCUCCCAAGCCGUACGUGUACAAGUCUCCUCCACCACCAUCACCGAAGCCGUACGUGUACAAGUCUCCACCACCACCAUCUCCGAAGCCGUACGUGUACAAGUCUCCACCACCACCAUCUCCUAAGCCGUACGUGUACAAGUCUCCACCGCCACCGCCACCAAAGUACUACUACAAGUCUCCACCACCACCGACUUACUACUACAAGUCACCACCACCACCCACAUACAUCUACAAGUCACCACCACCACCAUCACCGAAGCCAUACAUCUACAAGUCUCCACCACCACCACCACCAAAGUACUACUACAAGUCUCCACCCCCACCGACUUACGUAUACAAGUCACCACCACCACCCACAUACAUCUACAAGUCACCACCACCACCAUCACCUACACCUUACGUGUACAAGUCUCCACCACCACCACCACCAAAGUACUACUACAAGUCACCACCGCCACCGACUUAUAUCUACAAGUCACCUCCACCACCAGCAUAUAUCUACAAGUCUCCACCACCACCACAUUCUCACCCUCACCCACCCUACAUUUACAAGUCUCCACCACCACCUUCACCAUCUCCUCCUCCUCCAUACUACUACAAAUCUCCACCACCACCCUCACCUUCUCCCCCUCCUCCAUACUACUACAAGUCCCCACCACCACCACCACCAUCCCCAUCACCACCACCACCAUACAUCUACAAGUCUCCUCCACCUCCAUCACCUUCUCCUCCACCUCCAUACUACUACAAAUCACCACCACCACCAUCACCCUCUCCCCCACAUCCAUACUACUACAAGUCCCCACCACCACCUUCCCCAUCUCCUCCACCACCAUACCACUACACCUCACCACCACCACCCUCUCCAUCUCCUCCCCCACCAUACCAAUACAACUCUCCACCUCCCCCACACAAGGAACCAAAGCCAACUCCUCCCUACCAUUACACAUCUCCCCCACCACCAUCGCCAUCUCCUCCACCACCAUACCACUACACCUCACCACCACCACCCUCUCCAUCUCCUCCCCCACCAUACCAAUACAACUCUCCACCUCCCCCACACAAGGAACCAAAGCCAACUCCUCCCUACCAUUACACAUCUCCCCCACCACCAUCGCCAUCUCCUCCACCACCAUACCACUACACCUCACCACCACCACCCUCUCCAUCUCCUCCCCCACCAUACCAAUACAAGUCUCCACCUCCACCACACAAGGAACCAAAGCCAACUCCUCCCUACCAUUACACAUCUCCACCACCACCAUCGCCAUCUCCUCCUCCACCAUACCACUACACCUCCCCACCUCCACCUUCCCCAUCUCCUCCCCCACCAUACGCUUACAAGUCUCCACCACCUCCUUCACCUUCUCCUCCUCCUCCCUACGUCUACAAGUCACCUCCACCUCCGGUGAAAUCUCCCCCACCACCGGUGUACAUUUACGCCUCUCCCCCACCACCCACUCACUACUAAGCUCAAACACAUGCAUAGACCAAUCAUGUUUUAAUUUAAGCAGCAGAAUAAAGGAAGGCUUCAUGAGCCGAAUACUGAGACACCAAGCUUCCAAUCCAAGUCCAUUGUUAUUGAUAUUGGUGAUCAAAAAGUGUCUGGCAGAAACAUCAGCUAUGACCAGCAACCUCAUCUUGCACAUGCUCUUAUUAUACUCAUCAUCCAAAAUGGGAAUUCAAAGCAAGAUUGAUCUUGGUCUUGGAAGGAACUAAUAAUUUGGCUUGGUACGGUCGUCACAGUGUCGUCAUUUUUUCAAUUCUAAAUUAUAUUUGAUUGUAUAGGGUAGCAGCUACAUGGCCUUUUUUUUUUUUUUUAAUUGUAUGAUUGGCUUCUAUUUAUGGUGAGGAUAGAUGUUUGAUGUUUCUUUAGGCAAGCGCCGAGUUAUUUAUCAAUAAAAAUGAUGAAUUACUUUCA